AGUGAUGAACCAUGAAUACUAUCGAUAGUUUGCCACUGCUAGGAAGCGACAUUGUUAAACAAAAAUAAAUAAAUAACUAUACGAAACCCGUGGUAGUGAAAUCCGCCAGUUUUUACAUGUUAUCGUCUGAGAUUUUGUCGGCUGGAAAUAUAUAUCUGUAUGUAGAAAACUGCUGCUUCAUUAUUAUCAGAGGAGAAUGAAUACGAUUGUGUGGAGCAGUUUUUGUCCAUACCAACAAGACUACCAAGAUUAUAGACGCAGAUAAGGGUUAUAGUAAAAAUUUAUAACUUAAAAUCUAAAAAAAGAUACAUAUCUAACAUCUCGUAGACGGGUCGGUUUGGUGGUUUGCUUGUGUUCAACAUACAUAAAUGUUACUUGCAGUUUAUUUCCUUCCAGCGACGAACAUUGACUUAUAAUCUGAAAAGAAAUUUGUAAACAUUCGCAGAUUUUAAAUGGGUGAUCUUAGUUUGAAUCGUCGGGUGUUGUCAAUACAAAGUCACGUGGUACAUGGCUAUGUAGGAAACAAAAGUGCUACCUUUCCACUUCAGGUACUUGGUUUUGAAGUGGACGCAAUCAAUUCUGUGCAACUGUCCAAUCACACUGGUUAUAAGUCAAUUAAAGGUCAAGUACUACAAGAAAAGGAGAUUGCUGAAUUAUUCGAAGGUCUAGAAGCCAACGACCUUUUGCAAUGUUACACGCAUUUACUGACCGGUUACACUGGUAAUGCGUCAUUCCUACGACGAAUUUCCAACAUCGUGAUGAAAUUGAGGCGGAUUAAUUCAAACAUAAUAUAUGUUUGUGAUCCUGUAAUGGGAGAUAACGGAAAAAUGUAUGUACCCGAAGAACUGCUACCUAUCUAUCGUGAGGAAAUUGUACCACUCGCUGAUAUAAUUACCCCAAACCAAUAUGAAGUGGAAUUAUUGACAGAAAAAAAGAUUUCCAAUGAGAAUGAUGUUUGGUCUGCAGUUCAAUGGUUCCAUGAUCGUGGCAUUGAUACAGUUGUCAUUUCUAGCAGUGAGUUAGGCAAAGAAAACGAGUUGCGUGCAUUCCUAAGCAAGAAAAAUGGGUCUCGAUAUAUAAUAAAUAUUCCAAGGCAAGGAAAUGGCAUAUCAUUCACAGGUACUGGUGAUCUUUUUGCCUCCCUCUUUUUGGCACACAGCUACGGGACUAAAGAUCUUGGCAGCGCAUUUGAAAAGACAAUUGCUUCUCUUCAAGCAGUUAUAAAGCGCACAAUUGAAUCGAUGCCAGAGGAUGUUUUGUCUGGAAAACGUAAAGUAACCGCUCACGAGUGUGAACUUAAAUUGAUACAAAGUAAAAACGUUAUUGAAAACCCACUGGUAGUGUUGAAGGCCCAACAAUUCAAAUAAACCGUCAAACUGUCAACGGAAUGCUCAACGAUAAUUGUGCAGUCAUACAAUCGUCAUGGCGUUUUUCUAUUAAAAUAUGUAAAUAUUUGCUAUUUCUUAUAAUUAUGGCAUAUGCAUAGAUGUGCAUUUGUUUAUCAUUGUUUGUACUUUAUAUUGUUGCAAUGUCAUUUUUUGAGGACAAUAAUAAAUGUGUAAUGGUGUGUGUAAUA